AUGUCCAAUAACAACAAGCUGUUCUUGAACUUAAAAUGUGUCUUUGUGGCUUUCUUGGUAUUGAGUUUAAAAAAUGCAGAUUUAACAAGUUGCCAAGAAAAUGAUGAUGAUGAUGAUGAUGAUAAUGGAGUUAGCAGCAGAAGGGCAUUAGUCCCAGCCAUGUUUGUAUUUGGUGACUCUUUGAUUGACAAUGGGAACAACAACAAUUUGCCCUCUUUAGCUAAAGCAAACUAUUUCCCUUAUGGCAUUGAUUUUAAAGGUGGCCCAACUGGGAGGUUCUCUAAUGGCUACACUAUGGUUGAUACCAUUGCUGACUUGCUUGGGCUGCCAUUAAUUCCUGCAUAUUCUGAGGCCUCUGGUGAUCAAAUGAGAUAUGGAGUUAAUUAUGCUUCUGCAGCUGCCGGCAUUCUUGACGAUACUGGCAGAAAUUUUGUUAGCCGAAUCCCGUUUAAUCAGCAGAUCAAGAAUUUCGAAAACACGCUCGACCAACUAACGAACAAUCUCGGCGCUUUGGAACUUGCACAAGCCUUGUCCAAGUGCAUUUUCUUUGUAGGGAUGGGAAGCAACGACUAUCUUAACAAUUACUUGAUGCCGAAUUACAACACGAAAAAUCAGUACAGCCCUCAGCAAUAUGCUGAUCUUUUGACUAGACAGUACUCGCAACAGCUCACCAGGUUAUACAAUCUUGGAGCUCGGAAGUUUGUUAUAGCUGGCCUUGGCCUUAUGGGCUGUAUUCCUAGCAUAUUAGCUCAAAAUAAUAAUGGAAUUUGUUCGGAGCAAGUGAAUCAGCUUGUUCUCCCGUUUAACACGAACACAAAGGCUAUGAUCAAUAGCCUUAGUACUAGUCUCCCGGGCGCAAAAUUUUCGUACAUUGAUAUUCGUAACAUGUUCCAAGAUCUUCUUGCUAAUGCGAGAUCAUACGGUUUUCAUGUGGUAAAUCGAGGUUGCUGUGGUAUAGGGAGGAACAGAGGGCAAGUAACUUGCCUUCCUUUUCAAACUCCAUGUGCCGAUCGAAAAGGGUAUAUAUUCUGGGACGCGUUUCACCCGACUGAGGCCGUUAACGUCUUGUUUGGCAAGAGAGCUUUUAAUGGGAACAAGAAUUUUGUUUAUCCCAUGAACAUACAGCAACUUGCCAAUCUUUGA